AUCAAUGUGGGAAAGCAUCAAUCCUUUUCCACUAAACAUAACCGGCGACGUAAUCCUUUUGAUUUCCACCUACGGCGAGAUUCCCUUUUCCCGCCUAAAUAUCUUGGCAUAGUCAAACCCCGCGAAAACAAGGCGUGACCGGUUCAGCACUUUUAACCCAAACCCCCCUAUUUCUAGAACUUUCACCAAAUGCAACCCUGCUGCCCCAAACUCUUAAACCUCCUCUAUAAAGCCAGAAAACUAAUCGGAAUCGCCACCAUCGGUUCCUCCUCUGCUGCCGCCACCGACGCCAUCAUCUCCACCACCAAAUUCUCAACCACCACCUCCGCCGCCAUGGACGACCUCCAAACCCUAAAAACUCGCCUUUGCAUCAUCGGAAGCGGUCCGGCAGCGCACACGGCUGCGAUCUACGCGGCGCGUGCGGAAAUCAAGCCGCUCAUGUUUGAAGGAUGGAUGGCGAACGACAUCGCCGCCGGCGGACAGCUCACAACAACCACGGACGUGGAGAAUUUUCCAGGUUUUCCUGAAGGUAUCCUAGGGUUUGAACUCAUGGAGCGAUGUAAGCAACAAUCGUUACGGUUCGGUACUCAGAUCUAUUCUGAAACUGUUAAUAAAGUUGAUUUUUCAUCUGCUCCGUUUAAGUUGUUUACUGAUUCGAAAACUGUUGUUGCUGAUUCUGUUAUUGUUGCUACUGGUGCCGUUGCGAGACGCUUGACGUUUCCUGGCUCCGGUGAGGGGAAGCUAGGGUUUUGGAACCGAGGUAUAUCAGCUUGUGCUGUUUGUGAUGGUGCUGCACCGAUAUUUAGGAAUAAACCACUUGCGGUUAUCGGUGGAGGUGAUUCGGCGAUGGAGGAAGCGAAUUUUUUGACUAAGUAUGGGUCAAAGGUUUAUAUUAUUCACAGGAGGGAUGAGUUUAGGGCUUCUAAGAUUAUGCAGCAGAGAGCUUUGAGUAAUAGUAAGAUUGAGGUUAUUUGGAAUUCGGCAGUUGUCGAGGCGUAUGGUGAAGAAGGGAAGAAUGUUUUGGGUGGGUUGAAAGUGAAGAAUGUUGUGAGUGGUGAGGUGUCUGAUUUGAAGGUGAAUGGUUUGUUUUUCGCGAUUGGGCAUGAGCCGGCUACAAAGUUUUUGGAUGGGCAGUUGGAGCUUGAUUCAGAUGGGUAUGUUGUGACUAAACCUGGGACGACUAUUACUAGUGUGAAGGGUGUGUUUGCUGCUGGUGAUGUGCAGGAUAAGAAAUACAGGCAGGCAGUUACUGCUGCAGGCUCUGGUUGCAUGGCAGCUCUGGAUGCAGAACAUUACCUGCAAGAAAUCGGGUCUCAGGAAGGGAAGAGUGAUUGAUUUUAACUCUUCAAGCAUUGAAACUAUUAUUUAAAUUAUUGUUGUUUUCAGAUUUCGUUUAUUUGCAUGUUUGGAAGCGCGAGCAAACAUAAAAGUAGUGCUACUUGAUUCUUAAUUUAUUGGCUGGGAUUGCAAGUAAUCUAUCUAUUUAUCAAUAUUUGCUUAGUUCUUUAAAA